AUGUCACAACCUUCUGUCUCCACUCCAAGCAAAUCCUCCAAAGAGCAAGCAACCCCUAAUAAUAUUAUCACUGAGAUAGAUCUCUCGGAUGUCAUCAUUGAUGUUGUUUCUGUCUCAACCGUUCUUGUCCAUGCAACCCCUAUGAGAAAGGUCAGAAUUUCUUCUUCAAGAAAAAGCAAGCCUACUAAAGUAAGUACCUCUUCCACUCCCUCUAUAACUGCGAGAAAUAUGAAUGAUCUUGAACCUCCCACUGGUGUGAAUAAACCCAUGUCCAUGACUAGCUUAUACGAUGUUGAUAAGAAUAUCCGUGUGCUAAUCUCUCAAGUUUUGGGGAUUGACCCCAAGAAAAAUGUUGUGUCGGAUGUCUUCACAUCCUUGGCCCAACUGGAUAACAAUACUGAGAACCCCAAAAAUAAUCCUGAUGUGCAUGCACCUACUCUCUCUCCUGAGAAAUCUCAAGACAAAGAAAGGUCAGAAGAUAUAAUUAAUGAGUUGGGCAACAAAGAUAAAAACCUUGUUGAUCAACCCACUAGCAUUGUUAAUAUUGAGGAAUUGGACUCUAAUGAUGUUCCUAUUGGACAAAGACUGGCUCCUGGCAUAGAUAAAAGGUUGAAGAAUAGGAAAGGUCAAGUUGUUGGGUCCUCCAUCACUCCCUCCGACUCUGUCAGGAAGAAGGCUAAUGUUGGUACCACUAAAAUAUGGAGCAAGGUGGUUACUCCUACACCUAAGAAGAAGUCUCUUAAAAGGAAUGCAGUUCCUUCUGAAUCUAGUGAAUCUGAUCAGGAUGUCGAACACAAUGUUCAUGACAUCAUCUCCACUUCCAAAAAGCAAGCCUCUGGGAAGAAGAUUCCAGCCAACAUUCCUGAAGUUCCACUUGACGACAUAUUUUUUCACUAUUUAAGAUGUUGGAAAAUGUAA